UUGUACCGACUUUUGACCUUCUGGAGUUUAGUGGGCGUGUGUGUAACUGCAGCUAGUUCGCCCUCUGGCUGUGCACCAGAGAAUGGCGUCAAUAGCUAGGGGAGUUGCAACGAUACCCUCAGACGAGGAUGUUGUGAGUGAAAGGAUACAGGAGAUUGGGGAAGAUGAUCUGGAAGUUGAUCUGACUCACGGGCGUCUCAAAGCCAUUCCGGAAGUGGUGACCUCUCUCACAAAGGUCGAAGUCCUCUCGCUGCGUCAGAACCUCAUUCCAGACAUGGCACCACUGUCUGGACUGGUGACACUCAGGGAGCUGGAUCUCUAUGACAACGAACUAACAAUCGUCGCCGGCCUUGGCAACCUGACACAACUGACAUCCAUUGACCUAUCGUUCAACCACAUUACAACCAUCAGUGGACUGGAGGGAGUGGUGCAGUUAAAAAGCCUCUUCCUCAUUCAGAACAAGAUAUCAAAGAUUGAAAACAUCUCUCAUUUCACCCAGCUCACCAUGCUGGAGCUGGGGGCCAACCGCAUUAGGGGUCUGGAAAAACUGACAAACCUGAAAGUGCUGAGUGUUCAAAACAACAGACUGGGAAAGCUGGAGGGACUGGAAUGUCUGGUUCAACUGGAGGAGCUCUAUGUCAGUUUCAAUGGCAUCAAGACCAUUGAAGGUCUGGAGACUCUGGUCAACCUGACAACACUGGACCUGGCCAACAACAGGAUCAAAAGACUACAGAAUGUCUCUCAUAUGCUCAAACUUGAAGACUUCUGGUUCAACAACAAUCAGCUGGACCAGUGGGACGACCUCUCUCACCUGAGUCCCAUAACAACCCUCAGAACUGUCUAUUUCGAGGCUAACCCCAUAGCAAAGGACACCCAGUACCGCAUGAAGAUCAAACGCGCCUUGCCAUGUGUCACACAGAUAGACGCAACUAUGGCCCCAGGAACGGCAUAGCUUUUACUACUGGUAGCUAUAUAGUCAAAUAUAUACAUCUAUCACAGCCACAAGACUUCUACUAACGAUUGUAACAAUUUUACUAUUGCUUUUGAGUUGUGUAAACUUAAAUAAACUUCUGUGAUAGAGUAUUUUGUGGGGGACUUCUAUUUAUAUGUCAUCAUCACUUAGUGUGAAUCUUGGUGGUACGCGCUGUUCUGUCGAAUUUUCUUCAUCUGUCUCACCCUCCCUCUCUCCCUCCCUCUCUGACUGCUCAUCUUCGUCGCUAGAGAACACCAAUUGUCGUAUCUUCUGCCCCCGAACCCGUCUGACCGGUCUCCGUCUGGUUAUGGACCCGCUGUUUGCGACGGCCCGACGAGCCGACGUCAAAACGUCGGUCCUGAAAUCAUCGUCUUCGUUCCAUUCCGAGUUUUCUUUUUCCUCGUCCGAUUCCAGAGCCACGGGCAGAGCCUUUAGUCUACGUGUUGUGCCGACUCUGACUUUCGAUUUCACUUUCUCAGUCCUUCCUUUGGCUGGAGUCUGGAGUCGGAGUUGUUUGGAUGCUUUCUUUGAAGUCGUUUUAGCUUUCUUCCGAGAUAGUGGUAUUGGAGGUGGUGAGAGAGACGCGUUUCUCCCAUUCUCCUCUUUCUCCCGCUUCUUCUCGCUUUCUUCUCCGUCUCCCUCCCCCUCCCUCUCGUCCUCCAACUCCUCAAGCCCUUUCUGCUGUGCGGUCUUCAUCAUCUCUUCCAGUUCAGUAAUCAGAGCCUGGAAGAUGAGACUGGGGGAUUCACUAGAGGCAGGGACAGUCUUGGGAAAUGGUGUAAGGGCUGUCUGUGAUUCUAUCAAGACUAGUCAGAUUUAUGUUCAGAACUGUAGCUGUGCAUGUCUCCAAUUUAAGUGACAGAAUCAACACUUAGAGAAAAGGGAAUGGGAUAUGGCUCUGAGUGCCUGGGGAAUGUGGCUG